GAUGCAUCCUCUAUGUCGCGUGGGCGGCAAUGGAGCAUGUUGUACCGCCUAUGCUUGACCGUAACUCGUGCUUCAGUGUAAGUAGCGUCACUACGGGAUAUAACUUUUGUAUUCCAGUUGAGAUAGCUAGGAUUUGUUGGUCGACAUCCUCCUCCAGCGGAGCUCCGGGGCGUAAGCCAGGCGCCUCCGUCGAUGCCUGCUCGGAGCUACUUCGGUGAGUUCUCGACUGAACUUCCCAUGUCUAUUCUCUUGCUUCAUCGGAUUUGUUUCAGGUACAGUAACAAGCGCUUUGAAUUGGGUCAUUACAUUGUUGUCUCUCUUGAUCUCAUUGCCUAUUGAUGUAGCGGAAGGUUUAUAAGAUAGAACUAGAGAUUUGUUGAUUCUGAGAAUACUCGGAAAACUAGAAUAAUACAAAGAUCUUAUUUAGUCUAAGAAUACCUAAGAUCAAUGUCUUCUUAAAUUCGUUGAGAACACCAAUGUUCUAGCCGAAAACAAGAAACAAAGAGAGAUCUCUUAACUUUUAUUAAUCAAAUCACAAACUGAAUACAAAUUUAAGCCUAAACCGCUAUAUAUAAGAAAACCCUAAAACAAUAAAGGUAAUUAUCCUAAUAACAAAUAAAAUAUUAAAUAAUUAAGAUAUUUAUUCUAAAUAUCUUAUCUACAUCAUUAUCUCCGGGUUGGAGAAGAUUCGCCCUCGAAUCUUAACCGUGGUCUUCAACUCCAAAACCUUCAAAAUUUCAAAACUUGAAAUUUUUACAUGAAAUUUUAUUCUUUUGCUAUUCUUCCAUUGGUAUCUCUUGUCCUUCCUACUAUUCCUCUCCAAAAAAAAUUAUAAGACACGUAUUGCCUUUAGCCAAAAAUUCCAUAAUUUGCAUGAAACCUUCUUUUUUAUUCCAAAAUUUUAAGGAGACAUCUGAUUGGCUUCCAGUGCUGCUCUAUAUAUAUGUGAUGUCUUCUUUCGUUGUAGUUGCGAAUUCAUCUUGCCAGACAGCCAACACAUGUCCAUCGCUCAUCCUUGCAAUUUUGAUGAAAUUGCUUUCAUCGUCGUCACAAAUAGAAUUUAUAACAUGACAUGCAACAGAUUGGUCUUUGGCUUUCGUAACAACAUCAUCAUAGAUAUCGAAUAUUGGUUCGCCAACAAUAUCUAUAUAAACCCCUGUUCGAAAACGCGGUCGCCUAGCCGCCUAGGCGUUGUUCGGAGCUCUACCGUACCGAGUAUGGUCAAAUCGGGCAACCUAGGCGCUGAACCGCGUAAAUCCGCGUUGACCGCGUAAUAGCCGUGUUUGCCGCGUAAUAGCCGCGUAAUAUCAAAACACAGACAUUUUAUUAUGGCUUGUUACUAAAAGAUUUUGUGUAAUGUCCAUUAUAUUAAAACCCAAAAAAUAGUUAAAGCCCAAAACAAACAAAUAAAAACUACAUUUGGGGAUUUUUUAUCGAGCAAUCCCUAAUCUAAAAUUCUAAAUUAUUGAGAAAGCAAAGGAGAUUGAGAAUGGAGAUGUCAAGCUUAGAUUGAGAGUAAGUGACAAACUGAAACUGAAUCGAGUUACCAAAUAAAUUAAGGUAAUAUCCUUGUUCGAGUGUUAGCAAAUUAAGUUACGAAGCUAUGAAUUUUUUUUUCGUUCACUGGUGUUUGUUUGACAACUAGUUCUCUAUUUUGACUUUUGAUUAAUUGUACUUGUCUGUUUUGCUUCUUCUUUUGUUCUUUUGUGUUUGUUGUCAUGAGAAACAAAGAAGACGCUUACGUUUUGUACUUCGUCACAUACGUGCUUAUACUUCAUACCUAAUUUUUUUUUUAAGGUUAAAAAGAUGGACAAUCCACCAACAGAUGCACCUCGUCCUCUGAAGCGAAAUUCAAAUGAUGUGGGAUGGGAAUUUGGAGUCUUAUGUAAUCCAAAAAAUGUAGACAAGGUCAAAUGCAAGUUGUGUGGAAAAGAAUUCUCUGGUGGUAUUUAUAGAAUGAAAGAACACAUUGCUCAUGUGAAAGGGAAUGUCUCAGCCUGUCCUGUAUCAUGUAAAGCGGAUCAAGAGAAGUGUAAGCAGGCAAUUCUUGAUGCAAAAGAGAAAAAGAGUUUGAAGAGGAAACAUGAACAAGAACUGAGGGCAGAAGUGAACAUAAACAAAGGCAGCAAUGUUGAAGAAUUGGAAAGAGAGUUGGGAACUCUUAAAAGUCCUCACUUCCAAGGUCCCAUCGAUCAGUAUGCAACCUCCAUAAACCCUGAAGCUUCUUUGACUGCACAAGCACGACAGCAAAAUAUACAUGACGCCAUAUCUAAGGAGAAGACACAUGCUGUCCGUCAAUACUGUGCUAGAUGGAUGUAUGAGGCAAAUGUUGCUUUCAACGCCAUUGACAAUGAAAGUUUCAGGUUGUUUUGUGAAGCUUUGGGACAGUUUGGACCUGGUUGGGUUCCUCCAAGUCAGUAUCAGCUCAGAGGACCAUUGUUAAUUGAGGAACAAAAAAGGACCAAGGAAAAGUUGAAGAAUCUAGAAGAAGAAUGGGAAACAGAAGGCUGCUCAGUGAUGACCGAUGCAUGGAGUGAUAUGAAAAGAAGAAGCAUAAUGAAUUUGUGUGUCAACUCAAGGGGAGGUACAUGUUUUCUUUCAUCAAAAGACACCUCUAAAGAUUCUCACACGGGGGAGUACAUCUUCAAUUAUAUUGACCAGUGGAUUGAAGAUAUAGGAGCUGCAAAGGUAGUGAAAGUGGUCACUGAUAAUGCUACAAACAACGUGGCAGCUGCAAAGAUGCUGAAACAAAAGAGACCAAAUAUAUUUUGGACAGGUUGUGCUGCACACACUAUAGAUCUGAUGCUCGAGGGAAUUUCUAAGCUUCCGGGAAUUGCAAAGAUAAUUGACCAAGCAAAGGCUGUUACGAUCAUUAUAUAUGCUCAUCAUACAACAUUGUCCAUGAUGAGAACAUGUACAAAUAACAGAGAUAUCGUAAGACCAGGAGCAACAAGGUUUGCAACUUGUUUUUUGACUAUGCAAAGCCUAUACGACAAGAAGGCACAACUGAUGAGCAUGUUUGGCAGUGAUGAGUGGCAUAGUUGUAAGCAUUCUAAGUGUCUGAAGGGUAAGAAUACAUUUGACACGAUUAUGAGUCAUGGGUUUUGGAGUAGUGUGAAUGUUGUCUUGAAGAUCUUCAGCCCUCUGGUGAAGGUUCUAAGGCUGGCUGAUGGGGAGAAAGUACCUUCUCUUGGAUUCAUUUAUGGUGAGAUUAUCGAAGCUAAGAAUUCUAUCAAAGAAGCUUCAAAUCAUUUGGAGAAGAACUACCAACCUAUCUUUCGAAUCAUUGAUGAGAAAAUGAAAGAUAGGUUAGAUACUCCUUUGCAUGUGGCUGCCUACUUUCUCAAUCCAUAUUAUUUCUACAAAGAUCCAGAAAUUCAAAAAGACUAUGAAAUCAUGGAAGGAUUCAUAGCUUGUGUAGAGACUUAUUAUCAUGGCGACUUUGAGAAGCAAAAUAGGGUUGUCAAUCAGGAGCUUAGUCUUUACAAGAGCAAAAGUGGCUCAUUUGGUAGAACUUUAGCACUCAAAGGAUGUGAGAUUAAAGAUGACAAGUUUGAUCCAGGUUUGUAUGUUCAGAUUGCUUGUCUUUCAUUAACUUUUGAUCUUUAUUCAUCAAUACGAGUGAUAUGAUUUUAGGGAACUGGUGGUCAACAUAUGGAUGUGGUACACCAACUCUUCAAAAAAUGGCUACAAGGAUCCUUGCUUUGAUGUCAAGCUCUUCAGGAUGUGAAAGAAAUUGGAGUUGCUUUGAAGGGGUUAGUUUAUUAGUUCUCUUUCUCUAGGAAUCUGACUAUUUCUGAAAUUCACAACUUUUUUUAAUUGCAGAUUCACACAAAAAAGAGAAAUAGGCUAGAUGCCAAUCGCUUAAAUAGCUUAGUUUAUGUGCAAUUCAAUGCAAAGCUGUUUAAGAAGCAGAAAAAAAUCAGAGAGCAAAAUGCUGAUGUGAUAUUCGAUGAUGGUAAUGAAGAUACAGUGGAAGAAUGGCUUGUGGGCCGUGUACCAGACAUAGACAAUGAUCUUAAUUUGCUACUUGUAACCCAAGCUCCAAGGGUAAGAGAUUUAUAUGAUGAUGACUUUGAGUCUGAAGAAGAUGAGGAAUAUGCUGUGGACAUGGAUUUUGAACCAGAUGUAUAUCAAGAUGUUCCUCUCUCUCAUGAUUCAUAAUCUGCUAAGUAAGGUUAGUAAUUUUAUCUUAGUAAGGUUAGUAUGUUAAGUUACAGGUCUUAUAAAUCUUAUAGAUCUUCGUUGUUUUAUAUCUUUUUAUUUGUAGGUGUAUGUCUUUUGUUGCAGGUGUAUGCUAAGUAGUCUAACUCCUAACACAUCUACCCAAUUCAUGGUGAUUAUUUGAUCUGAGGACAAAAGGAUGAAGACUUCGAUCCUUUUUUUGUAUUUUGUAUGUUCUCAAGAUCAAGACAAUCUAUUUUGUGUAUCUCAUGAAUUGGAAGUUUUUGUACUUUUUGAAUUUGAUGUGUAAAGGAGAAAACAAUGUUUAUCUAUAAAUUAUAUAACAAGUUAUAUAAUUAUGUCUAAAAUUUUGUAUUAUCAUAUUUAAAAUUAGCUAAAUAUAUUAUAAAUAUAUUAAAUUGUAUUUAAAACUAGGCCCCGCGUAUAUCCCGCUUAAUCUCCGAUUUUUUGGUAACUCGCUAGGCCCGGAACUGCCGCCCGACUAGCGCCUGGCGUAAUUCCGAACAGAGAUAUAAACGAUGUCUUCACUUUUAGAAAACAAGUUUUCUUUUGCGAAAAAAUAGAUGUUCCCCUUCAACA